UUGGAGACUUUAUUGAGGCCGUUGGUCAAUACGGACCUGGAAUGAAGCCUCCUACUUAUCAUGAAAUCAGAGGUCCUUAUCUAAAUAAAGAAGUGGAGGAGACUAAUAAAAUUGUGAAGGAACAUAAAGUUGCGUGGAACAAGUAUGGCUGCUCCAUUAUGAUGGAUAAGUGGACGGCAAGAACUGGAAAAAUGAUUAUUAACGUGUUGGUGAAUUCUCCCAAGGGAAGUUUGUUUCUUGAGUCCAUUGAUGCUAGCGACUCAUCCACUGACCACAUCAAAAUGUUCACCUUGUUUCAGAACACCAUUGAAAAGACUGGCCCAAGAAAAGUUGUUCAAGUGGUCACUGAUAAUGCGAGUGAAAAUGUGAAAGCGGGUGGCAUGGUGGAAGGAGCGUACAAGAAUGUCUAUUGGACUCCAUGUGCGGCUCAUUGUAUCAACUUAAUCUUCGGGGACAUUUUCAAGGAAAAACCCUUCUCUACAGUUUUUGGCCAGGGCGUUAGGGUACAUUCUUAUAUUUCUCAGCGGCCCUUGUUAUUGAAUAUGAUGAGAAGAUUCACCGGACAAAAAAAUUUGGUGAAACCGGGCAAGACAAGGUUCGCCACUGCUUUCUUGACUUUACAUAGUAUCCACUUGCAAAAAUCCAAUUUGAGAAAGUUGUUCACUUCAGAGGAAUGGAGCAAGAGUAAAUUUGCAAAGGAAAGUGCAGGGAAAGAUGUUGCACGCAUUAUUCUUUCUUAUUCUUUUUGGAAUAAUGUCCUUCAUGCUCUUAAAAUUGGUGGCCCUUUGGUUAAAGUACUCCGUUUGGUGGAUGGGGAGCAAAAACCACCAAUGGGCUACCUCUAUGAAGCUAUGGAUAGGGCCAAGGAGGCUAUUCAAGCAUCAUUCACUGAUGAGCAGAAAUAUGCAAAGGUCUUUCAGAUCAUUGAUGCAAGAUGGAGUGAGCAACUUCAUAGACCUUUGCAUGCAGCUGGACUUAUUCUGAACCCGUCACUCUUUUAUGAUCAGCAUGAGAAUAAUUCAUUGGCUAGAGAAGUGUGGACAGGAUUCCAUGAGGUUGUUAUCAAGUUGACCCCAGAUGAAGACAUGCAAGAAAAGAUAGUAGAUCAGCUUGCUAUUUACAAGGCAGCUGAGGGACUUUUUAAGCUCCGACUUGCUAUUAAACAAAGAAAGACGAAAUCGCCAGUUGAGUGGUGGGACCAAUAUGGUGUAGAGACUCCGGAUUUACAGACUUUCGCCAUCAGAGUUCUAAGUUUAACUUGUAGCUCAUCCGGAUGUGAAAGGAACUGGAGCGUUUUUGAACACAUUCAUACAAAGAAGAGGAAUCGACUAACCUUGAAGCGCCUCCAUAAUCUAGUGUUCAUAAAAUACAAUAGAGCAUUGAGGCGUCGCUACAACCACCGCAACCUAAUUGAUCCAAUUCUUUUGGACAAUAUUGAUAAGGCUAAUGAGUGGCUAACCGGAGUCCCCGAAAAUUGUGAAGAUGAAGAAGUAUUUGAAGGCGAUUCUAAUUUCACUUGGGGUGAUGUUGCGGUUGCUAGUGGAGUUGGGGAGAAUCCUUAUGGUUUAAGGGGGAAUACUUCAAGUUCAAGCUCGAUUAGGAAGGGAAAAAGUGUGGCUACUACAAGUCGAUCCCUAUCCCUAAUUGAUGAAGAUGAAAGUGAUCAUGAAGAGGAAGAGGAGGGGGAGGAGGAAGAUGACGAGCAAUAUGAAGAUAAUAGAGGAAUUCAAGAUUUUGACAAUCUUGAAGAAGAACAAGAAGAGUAGAAGAAUAAGAGGUUGAUUCUAGUAAUUUAGUAGCUUUGAUUUUGACAAUUUGAACUUUUUGAUUAUUUAUAAUUUUAUAUUGUGUCUUUGCAAGGUUUACAUUAUGUUUUUUAAGAAUUGCGCUUCACUUUAAUAAAGCGUGCACUUCGCUUUUGAAGCGAGGCGAGCCCUUGUCGCUUUUUUGCGCUUCUCGCUCUUAAAAACACUGCCUAGAACAACAAUACACAAUCAAUAGGCCAGACAGUGUUUCCUUAUGUCAUUAAGGUAUUCUAGGUAUGGUUUUCCUUAAAAAUAGAGUUACUAAACAUAUUAGGACAUGUAUUCAAGUUUCAUUACAUGCUCUAUAUUCAUGUUAGCAUGAUAAACAAGACUACUGCUAAUAAGACUUCAAUCUGUCAAGUAUACUAACAAGAGAGGGCAUGCAUACUACUAAUGAAAGACACCAAUUAGCUAACAAGAUAAUGUAAGAAUCUGAACGACUAACAACAAAGAACCAGUGGCUAAGCAGAAAUGAACAUAAGAAACAGGAUUCAGUGGUCACCAAGAGGCAUUUGUUAGCUAAACAAAACAACAUAGGAGACAAACAUAAGUAUUAACAGGGAAUAUCAAUUAGUUAAGUAGAAAUCAACACGAGCGGCAAAACAUAAUUGAGAGAAACAUGAUGACUAAAUGAAUAACAUGAGAGAGAGAGAGAGUAGACAGACAAUUAAGAGAGAAAUAUCAUAUAAUCAAAUAGAACAACCUGAGAAAAACUAUAAAAAAUAAACCUGACUAGUUGAAGUAAUAUUAGAGGUCUACUGACCUUCCUUGGGGCAGAAAACAAAGUAGUUACUCUUAGUCGUUUAAGAACCAGUACUCACCACCAACAGAAACGAAAGAAAGAAAAGAUGUUUAGGAAAAUUCACUGAAUACUUAAAGAAACUUAAAGUGUAGAGCAUUUACUGGGGUUUUUUGGUAGUUGUGUGAGUUGGUGAGGGAAUUAAAUCCCGAUAUUUAUAGCUACGAUUGGGGCAUUAGGGUUUGCCUUUGAAUUUUAAAAAUCAGUAGAAGACAUAAAUUGAUGAUGAGCACUGAUGAAAUUGUAUGACGAAAUCAAAUUAUAAAAUAAGAAAUCAGAAGGGGAAACUAGGGUAAGGAUUUUACCUAUUAAGAAAUAAUGAUCGAACUAUCCGUUUGAGGCCAACGGGCCGUUGGACAAAGCUGAUAUCCAGAUGUCCCUUCGUUUGACUUCUGGAUCGUCGUAUGUCAUAAUGAGGUAGGCGAAUCCAUAGAAAUCUGGAAUGCACGCCAUAUAUUGAUGGCAAUUUAAACAAAAGAGAGAUGAAAUGAUGAGAUUUAGGCUUUUCACAUUUGGGUUAGGGUUUCAGGUUUGAGGUUUGAAAAUAGGUGAUGGAAAGGGGAAAUAUUCUGCUGGAUUCUUGGCUUAUUGGGGAGAAUAAUGAAGUUGCAGUUGUCUCUUAGUGACAUUGCACUAAUUUGUGCAAGGUUUCAUAGAUUUACAGGAGUGAGAGUUUGAAGAGG